CACGAACUUGAGGUCAGCUUCAGCUGACGAGAGCUCCAACUUUACUUCUAAUUUUCACCAAAAUUGUCGAAUAACUUACGUCUCCGCUGAAUACACCUUGAAGAAGGUUCAUCUGUUACUGAGGUUCUUCUUAAAGAGACUUAGUAAAAAAAAUGCCUGGGAUGUUCAACGCCGAUGUCCUGACUGGGACCAGACGGCUGUUUUAUGCAGUCACUCCCAAUGAAACAUCAUUUGAGAGACUGGAAGAUGUACCAGAUUACUUCUAUGAGGCCAUUCCAUUCUUCGGUUUAAUGUCUCUGAUUGAGAUGAUUGUGACCAUCUCAGACAAGAAGGUUCGUGAGAGGUUCUUUCUCGCUGACAGUAUCAGCUCCCUCUCUGCCGGCAUGUUGCUGCUUCUUACAGCGUUUUUAGCCUACGGCGUUAACAUCGGGAUGUACGUCUGGGUUCAUGAGCACUAUCGCCUGGCCACCUUGCCCUGGAACAGCCCCUGGACCUGGGUCAUUUGCUUUGUAUUGGUGGAUUUUGGUUACUAUUGGAUGCAUAGAAUGACGCAUGAGGUGAAUAUCUUCUGGGCAGCUCACCAGGUUCAUCAUAGCUCUGAGGAGUACAACCUCACCACUGCGCUCAGACAAUCAAUUUGCCAACGAUUCGUGUCGUGGAUGUUCUACCUUCCCCUAGCCCUGGCCAUCCCCCCUCCCAUGUUCAUGAUGCAUCAACAGUUCAACACUCUGUACCAGUUCUGGAUUCACACAAGGGCUAUUAAGAGUCUUGGUCCCUUGGAGUAUAUUCUGAAUACCCCCAGUCACCAUAGGGUCCAUCACGGCCGGAACCGGUACUGCAUUGACAAGAACUAUGCAGGAACGCUUAUCAUCUGGGACCGAAUGUUUGGCACCUUUGAGCCAGAGAGUGACCCUGUUGUCUUUGGGUUGGUUCAUCCGCUAGAAUCAUUCAAUCCUCUCUAUACUCAGUAUUGUCACUUCAAGUACAUCGUGGAGACAGCAUGGAAUAUGCCGGGACUGACCAACAAACUCUGGGUGUUCCUGAAGGGACCGGGCUGGACGCCGGGUUUGCCCAGACAAGGAUCCAUCAAAGAUAUACCGGAUAUUCACUAUCCGAUGCCCAAGUACCGACCCAAACUGCCACGGUGGAUAUUUGCUUACAUCAUCGCUCACUUUGCCAUCAACUUCAUUGUUUAUGACGCCUUCAUGACAUCAAGGACGACGCUGUCUCCAACUGCCACGUUUUGCAGUAUGGCAUACAUCAUCCUCACAUUAACAUGCCUGGGAGCAAUUGGUGAUGCCAAACCAGCAGCUCCGUUCCUUGAGGUCGUCCGUUCCUGCCUGGUCCUGGUAGCCGAAGCCAUCGCCAGUUCCUACCUUCCCAUAAUGCAGCGGGGUUCCUCCCAGUGGGUGUUCUACCUCUUGAGGGCAGCAUUCGGUCUGUCCAUAGUGGUCUGGCUGCCGAGGUGCGUGUCCGUGCUCACGCAGAGAAAGAACAAGGCUGAGUAAUAUCUCAACACUAGAGGGCGCUGUUUGUCACAAUUUCACAGGCUGUUUCCAACACAACAUACAAAUUGAAAAGUCAUUCGGAGAACAAAUCCAUUUUUUUUAAGAGCAUGGGUAUCCAUCUUCAAUGCAAGCAUUCAAAUAGAGGGUUUGACAUUUUGAAAUUUGCAUGUCAUUAAAUAUAGCUGUGCCCAGAUUGGUCUGGAUAUUUUGAACACAUUUUAAAUGAUCUGAUUUGGCAAACUGAGGAAUUGUAAACAGUUAUGACUGCUCUAUUUUUUUCCCAAAUAUUUAAAUGAUGUGAUUUCACUGCCAAAAUUUUUACUUUUACAUUUUCUUUUUAAAUAUGUAAAUGAUGUGAAUUCAUUGCCAAAAUUUCAUUUUUAAUAUUUUCCCAAAUACAAAGAGCCAGUUUUAGAGUUUUAAAUAUUAUUUUUCACUUAGUAAUGGUUAAAAAAUUUAUUUUUAGCCCUGUGUCGAAAUGGCAGUUUUGAUCCAUUUCUUCGCAGACUGGAACUUUGACAUGUAGAAUGCAUCAACAUAUGUGUUGACGGAGACUGAAUUUUUCAUGUUCGUGUCAAAGAAACAAACAUUUUUUGUUGGGUUUCACAUUAAUACCUACAGGUUUAUCCUAGUCUACAUGCAUUUAAUUUUCCAAGAAGGAAUCAAAAUGUUAAAAACCAUUAUU